UUCCCACCUUUUAGUCAGAUUAAUGAAAAUUAUGAAUGUAUUUGUCUUAAUUUUGGAAUAUGGUGGGCCUCUCUUUCUCAUCUUCUAAUGCGAUGGAGGUCCUGGUGACGGAGCUCAACGUUCUGCUGAAGCUGCUGGACCUCGAGACUCUGAGCUUUCCUACUGAGGAGAAGAAGACCUCUGUUAGGAACCUGCUGAAACAACUACAGCCCACAGGACCAGACUAUGUGUACAUGAACACGUCAAUCUCCAGACACGGCACCAGCUUUGUGGAAUCCCUCUUCCAGACCUUUGACUGUGACAUGGGGGACCUGAAAGACAUGACAGAGGACCAGAAACAGAAGCAGGACACACACACUGACACACACAGACACAACACAACACCCUUAAAACAGAGCAGUCCAGACUCCUCUCCCCCCCGCUCAUCAGAGACCCCUCCGCCCCUGCCCACCACCCCCCCUCCUGAGGCUUACUAUGAAGAGGCAGUACCUCUCAGCCCUGGCAAGCAGCCAGAGUACAUCACCACCCGCGGGAGCUCCAGCCCUCCUGACUCCAUAAAGGAUGGUUACUAUGAGGAUGCAGACAACAACUCUCCUUCUACCUGCAUCAACGGACGACAACGCAAAAACUCUUACAAUGACUCUGAUGCUCUGAGUAGUUCCUAUGAGUCAUAUGAGGAAGAUGAAGAGGAAAGGGGAGCAGGGCCAGGGUCCAGGCUGACCCACCAGUGGCCUAGUGAUGAGAGCUCCAUGCUCCCUGCCAGGGACUGUAGGAUCUGUGCCUUCCUGCUGCGAAAGAAACGCUUCGGACAGUGGGCUAAGCAACUGACUGUCAUACGGGACAACAGGCUACAGUGCUAUAAGAGCUCUAAGGACGUGUCCCCAUAUUUUGACCUGCCCUUGCUCCAGUGCACUGUGGUCUACGCCCCUAAAGACGGACGCAGGAAGAGACAUGAGCUGAGGUUCACUCCCCCCAGUGGAGAGGCUCUGGUCUUGGCUGUGCAGAGCAGGGAGCAGGCACACAGGUGGCUCAGGGUGGUCCAUAAAGUGAGUCAGGGAAAAGGACCAGAAGAGCUCACUUCUCCCAGGAUGCCCAGAAAGACUGAACUGGACAAGCGGCUGUCUGGUGAGAAGACUAUGGCAGACCCAGAGAGUGUGGGAGAGACUACAGGAGAGAACAACAGGGACAACAGAGAGAAGGGUAAGGUGAAGUGGGGGGCUCUAGCAGCAGGUCGUAAGAUAACACGUAUCAUCAGUUUCUCCAAGAGGAAGCACCUCCUACCUGGCGACGCACGCCCCCCAGACACAGACCCUCAAAGAGGCUACCUGUCUGUGUUGGUGAGCCAGGUAUGGCGGGACCAGUGGUGUUGUGUGUAUGGGGGUUCUCUCCACUUCCACCCUGACAGAGGAGACCCCCGGCCCUCUCUGGUCCCUCUACCCCUCCAUGGGUGUGAGGUGUUCCCAGGACUGGGCCCCAAACACCCCUUCACCCUCAGGAUACUGAAGGGAGGCACAGAGGUGGCUGCAUUGGAGGCGUGUAGUUCUGAGGAUUUGGGGCGAUGGCUGGGUGUUCUGCUGGCAGAGACAGGUACAGCCACGGAUCCAGAGUCACUACACUACGACUAUGUUGAUGUGGAAACCAUCGCUAAAAUCAGAGAUGCCGCGCGACACUCUUUCCUGUGGGCCACAUCUUCUAGCAGCACUUCCACUGACUCCAGGAUGUAUGACGAGGUUCCCUAUGAGGGAGAGCAGCCUUCUCUUCUACAGCCUGAGGAAGGUGCCGGAACAAAGUCCAGUUUCUCCACUAAAUACUCUGCUGUGACCAAACCUGGUCCGUCCCUGAAACACACAGGCUCCAUCGCCAAUCAAUAUGGCCUCUAUGGGAAAACACGAGCGGAGGAGGACGCUAAACACUACUUGAAAGAGAAAGAAGAGCUGGAGAGAGAGAGGGAUGGAAUACGGAACACUCUGCUGACACUGAGACAAGCGAGGAGAGAGGUGAAGGAGAGGUUGAAGACUGCUUCAGAGGAGCAGAGGGGCUCCCUGAGUGAGCGUGUGUCCCAGCUAGAGGAGGCUUGCCGUGGGAAGGAGAGUGAGAGGGUGGACCUGGAGCUCCGUCUCACCCAGGUUAAAGACAACCUGCAGAAGAGUCUAGCAGGAGGAGCUCUGGGGGCACCUGGGGAGAGCAAACCCUCCAGCAAGGUCUAUAGCAGACCCUACUGCUCUGGAUCUAUACCAGUCAGCUGUAAGAAACCUCCUAUAUACUCUUCCUCUAAAGGAACAGUCAUGCAGAAAGCCAAGGAAUGGGAGUCGAAGAAAUGCGCUUAGGGCAUAAGGAUGUUAAAGCAAGACUGGAGAUGACUGGAGGCAUAUCAGAGAGAGGAUGUGUUGUUUAGAUUGUUGUAGAGAAAUGGACAGGUAUUCAGGACAUUGAGAGAUCUAAGAAUGUUCCAUAGAACAGGAAUGGAAGACAAUGGACAUGGAAGGAAAACUCAGUGAUUUACUGUACGUGAUGGGCUUUAAAGGGAUACUUCCAGAUUUUGGCAGUUUAGCCCAUUCCUAGCUCCAUGCUACUGUAACUUCUCCUGUAGACUUCCAGUCAUUUCACUAAAGUUAGUUAACAAGGGCUCCAGAACCUUCCUUCAACUUCCUUCAAACUACACACAGAGACAUAAAAAUGGUAUCCAUGAGUUCAUCUGACUCUGGGUAAUUUGAUAAAAGGGCUUACACUUUUACUGCA